AUGAGGAGCGGAAAGUACGUCGGCCUACACAUCCGCCGAACAGACAAGGCGAACGAAGUACAGCCCGUCAAGACCAAGGCAUACUUGGCGAAGGCUGUCAACUAUCUUGCCUCGCCGACGAACGACAUGGCAGCUACAAAUAUCACAGGAAUAUGGGUGUCUUCAGAUGACGAAGCUGUGUUCGACGAGGUUAAGCAGCUGGCAUCGGAGUUCUUCCCGGGCAUUGCCCCGAACGCGGUGCUGUAUGUCACAGGGGGGAAGCCUGUGCAGCUCAUGCGGGGUGCGGCUGAUCGCAAUUCGUACGAGGCCAUGGUAUAUCUCAGGGCGGAGCUGGAAAUGUUGGCUGGAUCCGCCGUAUUCUCGGGCACAUUCUCGUCCAAUGUUGGCCGAAUGGUGGCUCUGAUGCGAAAAACACUCAACAUGCCCGACGAGUCUGCUGUGAGCGUAGAUUUUCCAGCUUGGUUUGCAGGGCGGCAGCGUCAUCGCCGCGAAUAG